AUGGACCACGCUGGAAUUUCUACCCAAAGCAAAAUUGAAAAUCUAAAUCUGGCCGAACUUGAUACUGACGAGAAAAAAAGAAAGUAUACUUUUCAGACUUGUUUUACCUUAGACCCGGCGGUUCAAAAACAGGUUAGAGAAGCCUUUGUUAAACUUUAUCAGGACGGAUUAAUUUAUCAGGGGCAUGAAAAAAAUUGUUGUGGAAAUAAUGAUGAAAAAAUUUUUGAUUACAUUUCUCCAUCAGGCGAAAAACGCGGCAAGAGUAGACGUUGUCAAAAACAUUGGGAGUUAUGCAGAAAAAUUAGAAAGGAAGAAGAAAAAUUAGAAAAAGACAUUCGUGAAAAAAAUCGUCCUUGUCCCCGUUGUAAUAGUUUUUUUGCCCCAGGCGGGUGGAAUUGCCUUGCCACCAGCCGUCCAGAAACUAUUUUCGCCGAUGUUGCUUUAUUCGUUAACCCUGACGACCAACAGUUCGGUAGCGGAAUUUUGAAAUGCACCCCCGGACACGAUUUUACUGACUAUGAAUUAGGAAAAAAAUACCAACUUCCCCUAAUUAGUUGUUGUGACGAAAAAGGUAUUUUAAAUGGAUUAGCCGGUCAAUGGCAAGGAAAAGAAAUUGGAAGCAUUCGGGAAGAAUUGGUGCGAGAACUAGAAAAAAGAGAUAUUUGCGGAGAAAUUAAAGAUUACGAAACUAAUUUAGCCUCUUCCGCAAAAUCAGGAGCAUUAGUUGAACCGCUUCUUUCGCGACAAUGA